AUGUCUCGCCAAUACGACCAACCAAUAGUCGACGUGGUAGACUAUGUCUACCACCACACUCUCAACGAAGACGAUGAAGCGAUUUGGAAAUGCGCGCGGACAACUCUGUUAGACGCAAUGGGUUGCGCCAUCGAGACAGCAGCGACGAGCACCGAAUGUCGAAAGCUACUCGGUCCCGUGGUCCAGGGCACAGUCGUGCCGGAUGGAUUCAGGGUCCCGGGAACGAGGUUUCAGGUCGAUCCUGUGAAAGGGGCUUUCGAUCUAGGUGUUCUGAUUCGGUACUUGGAUCAUAAUGAUGCGCUUGGUGGUGCGGAGUGGGGACAUCCUUCUGAUAAUCUCGGGGCUAUACUCCCAGUCAUGGAUUGGCUGUCGCGUGCAAGUUGCUCUGGUCGACGGGUUCAUGCUGGUCCACCGUUGACGAUGCAGACGCUGCUUAUUGCGCUGGUUAAGGCGUAUGAGAUACAGGGGUGUUAUCAAAUGCGGAAUGCGUUUAAUGCCUAUGGAAUCGAUCAUGUGGUUUUGGUGAAAUUGGCUUCUGCUUCUGUUGUUUGUUGGUUGGUUGGAAUGACAGAAUUACAAGCCAUGGCGACUAUUUCCCAUGUUUGGAUGGAUGGUCAUCCAAACCGGGUGUAUCGAUCCGGCGCAAAUACCACCUCGAGGAAAGGAUGGGCAGCAGGCGAUGCAGCGAGAAGAGCUGUGCAGUUGGCUCUACUGGUGCAAGAUGGCCAGCCUGGUUCGGCAGGGGCGUUGAGCGCGAAGCCAUGGGGGUUUUGGGAGCGGACUUUUGGCGAGGCGGGAUUUGUACUUCCACGACCAUUUGGGUCGUGGACGAUACGGAAUGUGCUGUUCAAAAGUAUGCCCGUAGAAGGGCAUGCAAUUUCAGCCGUGGAGGCGGCUGUUUUGCAAGCGCGUCGAUUUCGACAGAAGGGACUGUCCGAUCUUCUCAAACAGAUCCAGCGAAUAGAUCUGCGAACGACUGCUGCUGCCUUUUUGAUCAUUAACAAACAGGGGCCUCUGCAUAACGCUGCUGAUCGUGACCACUGCAUUCAGUAUGUGGUUGCCUUGGCUUUCCUGAAAUGUAGUCCGCCAGAGGCGGCGGACUAUUUAGACAAAAGCCCAUGGGCGAAUAGUGAGGAUCUUGAAGCCCUGCGAGGAAGGAUUGUGGUGCAGCCCGACCCUAGGCUCACGGAAGACUACUUGAAUCUGGACAAGAAGAGUAUUGGCGCAGGGAUGACAGUCCAUCUCGCAGAUGGAUCCUCGUUGCCUGAAAUAGUGAUCGAGUACCCACUAGGACAUGCCCGGAAUCCCAAAACACCAGCUGCGGUACAAGAGAAGUUUUUCCAAAAUAUGGGGCUUAUGUUCUCGGCGGCAGAGAUCGGGCGGAUAUUGGGUGCUGUUCAAAAUCCAGACAUCUUGGUCUCGGAUUUCAUAGAUCUGUUUAUCCGGUCAUCGGUCAGGGCAGUGUUGUAG